GUGAAUGUGGGUAGGGAUGGAGAUGGGAAUAGCCAUGGGAUCGGGAACGGGGAGAGAGAUGGGGAUUGGAAUGGAGAUUGGGAUGCAGAGAGGGAUGGAGAUGGAAACGGGAAUGGGGGUGGAUUCCGGGAUGGGGACGGUGACAGUUUCAGGGACAGGGAUGGAGUUGGGGAUAGGAUGGGGAUCUGGAUAGGAAUGGGGAUGGAGGCGCUGGGGACACCCCAGGCCAACCCUUGAAAGGAUUGGGGGUGUUGCAGGGCAGUCCAGGAGGUUUUGCAGCGGGAUGUCCUGCACCAGCUCUGAGGGACUUUGGAGGAUCCGAGGGCAGAGCAACUCUCCAGCAUUAGGGGCUAUCCUGGACCGGCCCUCGAGAGUUUCACCUAAGUCCUCGCCCUUGGCAUGAAGUGGAGCAGGGCCUUGGAGCAGGCUGGGUGGCCUGGGGCUUGCAGAGCUGUGCAGGCAACCAGACCCCUCAGAUCCUCCCCGGUGCAUAGGGGUGAAGAGGGCCAGGCAGGAGGUCCUGCAGAGCCAGGACAGGCUGUGUCUGUGCCCCCCCACACUCACAUCUCAGCCCUCUUCUGCAUGAGCGGAGCGGCACAAUCCACCCUUGUCCCCAGCGGGCCGAAGUAGGUCAGGGAGGCAGAGCUGAGCCCUCUGCCCCCCCCAGGGAGGGAACCUCACAGCAGGGGAUGCGCAGGGGCCAGCAGCAGCUCCACUGGGUCGGUGCCCACCUGUGUCCUGGUGAGACCUCACUGCUCCCAGCCCAGGGGAUGCCAGGCAGCCUCUCCCCAGACCCUCGGGUUUGGGGUCCCCCCGCAGCCCCACAGGCAGAGUCCUCAGGGUGUGGUUUGUGGUGACUGAGCCAUGGGGAUGGUCCCCAGCACAGGGGGUUGGAGUUGGGGAGCAGUCACUGGGCUGGGCCAGAGCUGGAUGGUGAGAAACAGGGAGGAGAAUGGAGAAAGCAAUUUCUGACACAUUAAUUGCAGUUAAUCAUUGACGAACUUGUUUACUUCAGGAGUCAAAGGUCUGCGGCGCUGCCAAGGUGCAAGCACGGUGUAGCUGCCGGCAGCAUCCCGGCGAGGUGGCUGCAGGCUCCGUGCAGGAUGGCAUGGCACCCGCUGCUGCUGCUCCCCUUCCUCCUCGCAGCAGCUUCAGGCAACACAGCUCCCAUCUUCAACACGACCAUGACCAUUGUGUACGUGGCUGAGGACCUGCAGAUAGGCGAGUUUGCUUUCCAGCUAACAGCCUAUGACUUAGAUGGGGACAAAAUCACCUACAGCAUCUCUGGGGCAGAUUCCUUCUACUUUGAUGUUAAUGCACAGACAGGUGAAGUGACACUGAAGAACCUGCUGGACCGUGAGUCCCAGGCCAGGCUCACCAUCCUCGUCACAGUGUCUGACGGGAUCAAUGAAGAGGUCACCAGGCGCCUAACCAUCAUCGUGGAGGACCGUAACGACAACGCACCAGUCUUCCGGAACCUGCCCUAUGAAACUUCUGUCCUUGAGAACACGACAGUGGGCAGCAUCAUCUACACCGUGUUUGCUGAUGACUCUGACACUGGGACUGCUGCCAAAGUCAGCUACAGCAUCCAGGAGGUGAUCCCAGACACCACAAAGAACCACGGGCUCUUCUACAUCCUGCCCAAUGGAAGCGUGGUGCUGAACAGCUCACUAGACUACACCAUUAACACCUUCUUACAGCUGAAGAUCCUCGCCCAGGACGGUGGAGGGCUGCUGCGCAACGAGACGGUCAUCCAGAGCAGCACCACCUACCUGUCCAUCACCGUCAUCGAUGUGCCCAACUUGAACCCACGGUUCCUCAAUGAGCCCUACUCCGGCUCCGUGCCCGAGGGCUGCCCGGUGGGCACCACAGUGCUGACCGUCACCGCCAUGGACAGAGACACAGGGGUGAACGAUAAGAUCUCCUACAGCUUCACCAAUGCCAGUGUCCCCUUCGCCAUCAACGACACGACGGGCACCAUCACCGUCAGCCAGAUGCUGGACCGUGAGCAGCUGCUGAGCGAGGAGGUGCUGCUGGAGGUCACGGCGCGUGAGAGCAACCUGGACAUCUAUGGCAAUGUGGCCCAGGCCAGCACACUGGUGACAGUGUUGGUGACUGAUGUCAAUGACAACAAGCCUCAGUUCUACCAGUGCUCCCUCUCCACCUGCGACUUCAUCUACACCCAAAGCAACUUCACAGGGAGCAUCAUCGAGCAUUCCCCCUCCAAAGUGCCCGUGUCCAACCUCAACAUCGUUGCACGCGACCCAGACAAGGGCAUCAAUGGCACUUUUGAGCUCUACCUGCAGGGUGCGAGUGCCAGUGCCUUCACUGUCUCCCCCACGAGAAUUGUGGGCACGGGGGAGGUGCAGAUCCUCGUGCAGGACCCGUCAGCUGUGGAUUAUGAGAUAACCCAUGUCAUGGUGGUGCAGCUCAUUGCUAAUGACACAGGGAACCCCACAGACUGCUGCUCCACAGCCACUGUGACCAUCGACCUCAUCGAUACCAAUGACCACUUCCCUGAGUUCCCGCAGAGCACCUACAGCCUGAGCGUGAUGGAGAACAGCCCCGAUGGCACCAUCAUUGCCACCAACAUCACGGCUUAUGAUCCGGAUAGUGGUGCUGGUGGCCAGAUUACCUACCAGCUGCUCCAGGAGUACAUCCAGCAAAUCUUCAUGGUGAAUGCCACGACUGGGGCGGUGCUGGUGAGGAAUGGGUCUUUCCUGGACCGGGAGAUGCGCUCUAUGUACUCCGCCAACCUGCAAGCCAAGGACGGGGGUAACAUGAUGAGCACCACAAUGCUGGAGAUCACCGUGCUGGAUGAGAAUGACAACGAGCCCAUCAUCAUCGGCUCCUACUUCAUCUACGUGGAAGAGGGGCAGAACGUCAGCACACAGAUCAGGGCCAUUGACAAUGACGAGGAAGGCACUCCCAACAGUGAGCUGGGCUUCAAAAUUGUACCAGGGCUGUACAGCAACAACUUCACCAUCAACCAGAUCACUGGAGAGAUGCACAGCAUUGAGCCACUGGACCGUGAGGCUGUGGACAGUGAGGAGGGGCAGCUGGUGGUGACAGUGGAGGUGUACGACCACGGGGUGCCACAGCUCAGCACGAUGGUGAACGUCACCAUCACUGUGGCGGAUGUGAAUGACAACAUGCCCGUGUUCCUCCAACAGUCCUAUGAGUUCUCCAUCUUUGAAAGCUCUGAAGGGUCCUUUGUGGGGGACGUCAUGGCCACAGAUGCUGACCGGACAGAGAUCAACUCCCGCAUCUCCUUCCAGCUGGAGAGGAGCACCGGCUCCAGCAACUUCUUGAUCAGCUCAACUCGCCUGGGGCCAGGCAACUACAGCGGGCGGCUCUCCCUGGACCCUGACGUAACUGUGGACUACGACACCAUGCAGGAUAAGUUCUUCUCCUUGGUGGUGCUGGCGGAGAACACGGCUGCAGACAAUGCGGGGAAGAUCGCCAAUGUCUCGGUGCUGGUCAACAUCCUCGAUGUCAAUGAUGAGCCGCCCACCAUCCCGUCGUCCUCGCAGAAGAGUGUGAGCGUGAGUGAGAACAGCACGCAGCUGGGUCUGGUCCACACCGUGGUUGCCUUUGACCCAGACACCAACCACUCACUGGUCUUCGAGGAGCUGUCGGUUGCCUGCUUUAAGGGUGGCAGCAAUGCUGGGGAGGUGUGCUGGGACUGGUUUGUGCUGCUGCCCAAUGGCUCACUGCUGGCCGACAGCUUGGACAUUGACUAUGAGCUGUGUGAUGAGGUCCGGCUGACCAUACGGGUUGAAGACCUCUACACCCAGAAAGGCGACCGCUACAGCAAGAACGAAACCCUGGAGAUCUGGAUCACAGACAUUAAUGACAAUGCGCCGAUCUUCUUCCCUGUCUCCGGUACCUUUGUCAUUGUCCCUGAAAUCUCUCCUGUGGACUUGCAAGUGGCUACUGUGAAGGCCACGGAUGCCGACUCGGGGCUGGGAGGAACUAUUGUUUUCUCCAUCAUCAGCGUGGUGCUCGUGCAGGAAGAUGGGGCCAAGCGGCCCUUUGAUAAUCUCUUCAAGGUGGUGACCUCAGCUGACCAGGACAACUACACCGGGAGCAUUCAGGUGGCCAGCAACCUGGACAGCUCACUGAAGGGGCAAUACCAGGUGACUGUGGAGGCUCGGGACAGUGCAGCACCGCAGCAUGCGACACAGACCACUCUCAAUAUCUUCACAGUGGACCAGAGCUAUCGCAUUCACCUCCAAUUUACGACAACAGUGGAUGAAGUGCAGAGCAAUUUGGAAAGCAUCAGAAUGGCCCUGACCAGCGCCACUAAGGCAGGGGUCUAUGUGUCAGCCAUCCGGAGCUACGACGACAGCCGUGCCACUCAGGUGAAAGCCAAGUCGGUGAUGGAGGCGUACUUCGUCUACAGCAAUGGCACAGCGCUGGACGUCAACCAGCUGACCCUGCUCAUCCAUAGCGACCCACCAGUCCUGGCCAACCUGAUGAACCUGGGCCUGGUCAUCAUCGGCCCCGGUGAGGUGACAGAGCCCAGCAAGGAGAAGGAGAUGAUCGGCGUCAUCGCGGGGCUGGCAGCAUUCCUGGUCCUCUUCAUCCUCAUUAUGAUCCUGGCCUUGGUGCUGACCAUCAGGAGCUACAAGAGGAAGCUGAGCGCGAUGAAGGCUCUCAAGGCAGCCACGACACUGAGCCCAGCUGUGGUGCAGGGAGCGGGCAUCCCUGGCACCAACAAGUACAAUGCUGAGAGGGCCAACCCCAUGCUGAAUCUCUCGCUGGACCCAUCCCAUGACCUGGGCUUCCAUGAAGAAACGAGCUCGCUGGCCAGCAUCAAUUCCCUGGAUGAAAACAAGGUGGACUCACCCAAGGAGGACAACUUCAAGGCCAAGAGAGGGAGCCCACAUCCCACAGACUCCACUGAGGACGAGGUGCUGGCGGCCGCCCUGAACAUGAAGGAGCCCUCCAAAAUGGCCUACAUCAACACUGCCUUCAACACCACCGACCUGUGAGCAGCAUGUGGAGCACAGAGGGGCCGGAGCGGGACUCAGGCACCUGCUCUGGCAAUGUCGUGUUCAAUCCCAGCAAUAAACCCAUCUCAUGUAGUGACAGUGUCCCAUGGCCACCCCUCGGUGGUGGCCCCAGAGGGUCCCCUCUCCUGGAAGGAAGGGGUGGGUUGAGGUCAGGGUGGCUCUGUACCACCCUGCUGUCUGUCACCCCACACAUCCCCAUCAAGAGCUGCUGGCAGCACUGCACAGAGCUUUCUGCAAUGUUUUAUUACCCAACACCCAAACUGACAAGUGUAGUUCUCCCACCCCCUUCCUCCCCCCACCCCCAAAAAAGAAAGAGGAAAACAAAGAAAGUUGGGGAUGAAGCCGUAGUGCCGGAGUGGACUGGCAGGCCAGAGGAUCUCCAGCACCCCAUUUUUUGCAGCCUCCUGCAGCUCAGAUGCUCCUGGGGCUCUGUGGGGCCACUCCCGUGCACUCAGUCAUGUUGGGGGGGGGAGGGGGUGGGAGGCAAGAUGUGGGGCCCGACAGUUUGGCACUGACACCAAGGUGGCAGAGGGGUGCUCAGCCCCCCAGCACACUGACUUUGCUCUUGGUGCCACCCCACAAGGCAGGGAUAUAGGGACAGUGUUUUGAAAGAGCUGCAGCCCCGCAGGCUGCUGGGGAGGAGGUGGCUGAUGGCUGAAAGUGUCUCUUAAAAAGCUCCAAAAAUGCA